CUUCUUUUAAAAUAGCAAAGUGGAAGACAAUAUCGAUAAGACAAUAUCGAUAGUACCAUAUUUUUUUUAGAGUCUUGACAUUCUCUAUUAUUUGUGUACAUUUUUCUAUCUUCAAUUUGUCAGGCAUUUGCUGGGAAUGUUUUCAGUUUGGUUAGAGAUUUUUAUGUUAGUAUUGGGAUAAAUGUGAGAUUCAGGGAAUUUCAUGUUCUGGAGGAGUCCAAUCUCUUGAAAUUUGGGUAUUAUAGAUCUGAAACAAACCCAAAUGGUAUAGAGUUGGUUAUGGACCCAGACCCAUAUACUGACUCCGGCUCUUUGGAGAUUAAGGCAUGGUAGUACUUGUUCUAAAGUGUCCUCCGUUUCUACCAGCUAGAAGACAAAAUCAAGAAGGGGAUAUUUUUAGCACGUCUUUUUUGGUCCCUCCUUGCAUGAGGCCCGAAACCCUAGUGCAAUCUGAUAAAUGCAUUCAACAGCAACAUUAGUUUAUGGUAUUUAAGUAAUAAAAUAAACUCAUAUUUUGUUUUGAGAUGGUAGUACUGGAGAUGAGCACGCCUACAUCUGUGCAUCAUUCCAUGGACUUCUGCAAAGUUGGUAGCGAUGCCAGAGAGAAUGUCAGACAUUGGUUCACUAGAAGUGAUGCUAGUCGUCGUGAUAAGUUGUUAGCCUGUGGAGCCUUUAUUGUUGCAGAACUUCGGCUGCAAGUACUAGAAGAGACUGAGUUCACUUGUUCUGCAGGCAUUGCUCAUAAUAAGAUGCUGGCCAAACUUGCAAGUGGAAUGAAUAAACCUGCUCAGCAAACUGUGGUGCCUUUCUCAUCCGUCAGCAAAUUACUUGGAACUUUGCCUAUAAAAAAAAUGAAACAGCUUGGAGGAAAACUUGGAACUUCUUUGCAAAUUGACUUGGGUGUGAACACUGUUGGGGAUAUGCUCCAGUUUUCAGAAGAAAAGCUACAAGGAUAUUAUGGAGUAAAUACUGGUUCCUGGUUAUGGAAUACAGCAAGGGGCAUUAAUGGAGAAGAGGUCAAGGGACGCCUUCUUCCCAACAGUCAUGGAUCAGGAAAGACAUUUCCUGGACCUCGAGCUCUUAAAACUGUUGCUUCUGUUGAAAAAUGGCUUAAUGAGCUCUGCGACGAACUUAGUGAACGUCUUCAGUCUGAUUUAGAACAGAAUAAGCGCAUUGCACAUACUCUUACUCUACAUGCUCACGCAUACAAGGUUGGCUUUUCUUGUCAGUCAAAUGAUGGAGAUUCGUUCAGGAAAUUUCCAUCAAAAUCGUGUCCAUUGAGGUAUGGGACUUCCAAGAUUAAGGAAGAUGCCCUAAGCCUGUUUCAAGCAGGAUUGCGUGAAUAUCUUGGCCUGUUCAAUGUGAAGAUUUCCGGAAAUCAAAACAAUGGGUGGGGUAUAACUGGUCUUUCUGUUUCAGCCAGUAAAAUUGUAGCUAUACCAUCAGGUACACGUUCUAUUAUGAAUUAUUUUCAUAACCAAGAGGAAGCUUUCCCUCAAGUUAAACUGUCCAGCGAACAACUUAUCCAAGAUGCUCCACUUUUGUCACCUUCAGAAGAGGACAGUCUUGAAAGUGGAGGUCAUCUGACACUGCAGACAAUAGAGCCAUCGAUAGCAUGUCGUGAGGAAAAUGAAGAGACUAAAUAUUCCAUGUCACUAGACAGACAGGAAGAGGACAAGGACACGUGUAAAGAAAAGCUGCCUGAUAAUGAGACUUCAAUCUGUUCUUCACCAGAUGCUGAAGUGUACCGGGGAUGGGAGAAAGAUCAGAAUGAAUCAAGCAGGGACUACCUUACUGUAAAGAUUAGAGAUAGUUUAGAGUCAGAGGAUGGGAAGAGGAAAUCAAAUAAAGAAAAGGGGAUGUCAACAAUCUCGCGAUAUUUUCAAAGUCAACUCUCUGGCUCUUUCUUAAAGGCAGAACAUGCCAAUACUAGUAGGCUAAGCGAAUCCUCCUCCUUGUCAGACCGUCAAAGUGAACUUCCUCAAGAAAAUUCACCUGCAAGAGGUGAAUCUAGUGUUGAUACUCAUCUUUGUAGCCAGAUUAAACUGAAAAGGCCUUCAUGGAGUUACGACAUUGAUGAGAUUGACCAGGAUGUCUUGAAUGAGUUACCAAAACAAAUUCAAGAAGAGGUACAAGCAUGGCUCAGGCCUCAGAAGCGACCUAAUACAGUGAAAAAGGAUUUGGGUAUUACUCGUUAUUUCUUACCUGCAAAAGAUAAAUAGAUGCCAACAAACCUUUUAUCGAAAGAGAUGGAUGAUGUCAGAGGCCUAGAUUGAGUUGAAUCCUAUUGAAUUAGGAGGCCAUGUUAAUAAGUUGGUUAGUUGUUACAUUAAGUCUUGAUGUAUAAUAUCAUGUUGGAAAUACCCUGAUGGUUGUUGGGAUUGCCUAGCACAGAAGACACUGUUUCUAUGAGACCGGCAUGAAGAAAGUAACUGUCAAUGUCGUCGUGUCUAAAGUUAAUUAGAUUUCAUAGCAUAAUAUUUGUGUAUGUAUUAGGUUAGCAUUAAUUAUGUUUUGCCUUAGGAUGUGCAUGUAUAUUCUUGAAAAUGAAGUGUUAAUGUAAAUAUGAUUAUGUCAAUUACCUCAUUGAUGUAUUGUUAUCUUGUACUUUGGGAAAUGUGGUAUGUUCUCUUUAAAGAUCAGCAUCUAAGUUUUAGGCGGUUUGCCUAAUUAUUA